AUGUCCUUUUCGGCCUCUUCUGACUAUUUUGCCGCGGAGUGUUUGGUGUCGAUCUCCAGCGGCCCGGUGCUGCACAGACCGACCCCGGUGGAUGCCAGUGGCCAGGCCGCCGUAGUGGGCCCUGUUCCCGGGGACGAGGGUUCGAGUGAGGACAGGGAAGUGCGGGACACGCUGCGCCUGGAGGGGGCCAACAUGAUGGCUGUGGCGGGCAUUCUCACCGACAUCCAGGACAAGUUUCGGCCCAUGUCGGCCUACUCUGAGAGCAGUAACUCCUCGUGUGGAGGCGAGAGCGGCUACACCACGUUGUCUGACCCCACCACCCCAACGGCGACCCCCUCUGCCACCCCGGUCCCAGGACAGCAGCGCGGGGCGGGGGUCCCCAGGUCCCCGAUCAAACGACACCAGUGCACUUAUGAGGGGUGCGACCGCGUUUACGGCAAGUCGUCCCACCUGAAGGCGCACAUCAGGACCCACACAGGAGAGCGGCCUUUCCCGUGCACUUGGCCCGACUGUGAGAAGAAGUUCGCCCGCUCCGAUGAGCUGGCCCGCCACACGCGCACUCACACCGGGGAGAAGCGCUUCCAGUGCCCGCUGUGCGACAAGAGGUUCAUGCGCAGUGACCACCUGAUCAAGCACGCUCGCCGCCACCCAGACUUCCAGGUCACCAUGCUGGGCCGCAACAAGGGCCCCGCACUACCGCACUAG